AUGGGGGAAAGUAGGAAAGGCAGUGUAUUUGAGAAGCAAAUUGAUCUGGACGAUGUGCUGGUCAACGAACUGGGUCAGUUCGGAAGGUUCCAGCUCAUGACCAUUUUCCUUGUGGCUGUGCCGUUGAUCAUGUCUGCGUUCAUGAGCGAGUUUAUCUUCUCUGCUGCUGCUAUUCCUCACAGAUGUCAAGUCCCAGAAUGCGGAGAGUAUAGCCAGCGCUCCUACUUCGAGCCCGAGUGGCUGCCAAAUGCCAUUCCUCACACCGACUCCGGGUUCGAGAGCUGUGAGCGGUUCGCGCCCGUCGGGGACGCCAAUGGAACCUUAGACUACUGCCCGGCGAAUAUCUUCCACACCAAUACUAUUCCAUGCGAAGGCUUCGUCUAUGCCAGGGAUAACUCUGUAGUGUACGAUUUCGACCUUGGUUGCCGAGAAUGGCUGCGAGCUCUGGCUGGCACUCUCAACAGCGUCGGGACUUUGUUGGUACUGCCCAUUACGGGAUACAUCUCGGAUAGGUUCGGGAGAAGAAUUGCUUUGGUCAUCAAUGUGUUCAAUUUGGCACUCUUUGGUCUGAUCAGAGCAUUCUCCGUUAACUAUCCCAUGUAUCUCGCCUUCCAAAUCUUGCAGACUACCUUGGGAGCUGGAACGUUCAGCUCUGCAUAUAUCUUUGCUGCCGAGUUCGUAGGUCCAAAGUAUCGCGUAGUGACCAGCGCAACGUGCACUUCCAUGUUUGCUGUGGGCCAAGUGGUUCUAGGCAGUGUGGCCUGGCUCAUACAGCCCUGGCGCUACUUGAUCAUGGCCCUACACAUCCCCUGCUUCCUGAUCAUUUCAUACUACUGGGUCCUAUCGGAGAGUGUGAGGUGGCUACUCUCGAAGAGAAAGUUCGAUGACGCCCGACAAGUCUUAGAAAGAGUUGCGAGAAUAAACAAGAAGGAGAUUAGUGAAAAGUCUUUGAACGCUCUGCUGAAUCCUCCACAGCCUCUUAUAACUGAAUCUACAGAAGAUCAAGGACCUGGUUUGAUCAAGUCUAUAAUAAAAUCUCCUGUCCUACUCCGUCGUGUGUGCACAACUCCGAUCUGGUGGAUCACCACGACCUUCGUGUACUACGGCCUGUCCAUCAACUCUACCAGCUUAUCGGACACCAUGUACUUGAACUACAUCCUAACCUGUGGCAUCGAGGUGCCCGGCUUCUACACAGCGGUGCUGGUCCUGGACAGGGUCGGCAGAAAGCCGACUCUUUGUGUUGGUUUCAUAUUCAGCGCUAUCUGUAACAUCGCUUUUGCGUUUAUCCCUGAUGAUUACACUGUCGUUCGACUAGUGAUUUUCUUGGCUGGAAAAUUCGGUAUCUCCAUGGUGUUCACAUCCCUGUACCUGUUCACGUCCGAGCUGUACCCCACGCAGUACAGACACAGCCUGCUCGCAUUCUCGUCCAUGAUCGGGCGCAUCGGAUCCAUCACUGCUCCACUCACUCCUGUCUUGAUGCAGUAUUGGGCCGGUAUUCCCUCCAUGAUGUUUGGAGCCAUGGGAUUCCUCUCUGGUAUCCUUGUCCUCACGCAGCCAGAGACUCUAGGUACUAAGAUGCCUGACACCUUAGCGGAAGCAGAAGCCCUAGGCAGACCAGAGUCCCAAGCUCAAAAAGAAUAGAUCUUAGCACGACAAGCCUUUAAUUAAGUUAUUUUAAGUUUGUAAUGUUACAGAAAUAUUAAGUUAGCGAGCCAUUAAAUAUUUAUUAUAUAAAUGUAUAAUUAUGGAGACCGAACCGAUUUAAGCUCCGAUUGAAACUAGCUGACUGAGAUUAAAUGGAUUUUAUAAGAAUUCUUUUUUUUCUAAGAAACAAAGUUCAAAUACAUUGAAUAAGUCGCUUUUCCUUGAAAGCUUGUUCCACUGUAUAGCAGCCGCCUAGGUUAGA